AGCACCUAAAACUGUGUCUGAUUUUGCUGCAUGUCCGCAGUGCAAAGAAACUUAUUCAAAAUCAACAUUACACAAGCACUACAGAAGAUGUACAGGACGAUGCUCGAAGUAUAAUAAGAAAGUUCAAAUGUUGAGUCGCCUAACAAUGGGUGAUAUCCACGAAAUGGCAGAGCCUCAGUUGAAAAAAAUUAUAUGUCGAAUGAGAGACGAUGAAAUUACGACUAUAGUUCGAUAUGACGAAUUAAUAAUUCUGUUUGGGAAUUUGGAAAGCUACAAAUACCGACAUUCCCAACAUCACGGAAAGAUGAUAAGAGCUAAAUUGCGUCGUCUUGGACGUUUGCUCUUGGAGUUGAGGAAGAUGAAUGAAAAUAUCAGAGAUAUCUCCAAUUUGUACGACCCCGCUAAUUUCACCUGUUUCUUGAAGGCCGUCAACACACUUGGGAAUUUCAAUGAAGAAAGUGAUCUCUUCGAUACUCCAGCGACAGCAUCUGCAUUGGGCAUGCUCACCAAGGAACUGGGAGAUAUAUGGAUAGCACACUGCAUCGAAAAAAAAAAUCCAGAUGCCAAACGAAAUGCUGAAGAAUUCCUGCAUUUAUAUAAUUUGAAAUUUGGCAAGAUUAUAAAUAAAACAGUUGCAGAGUCAUAGACGGAAAUGAGCAUUAAGAAAAAAGUAAUUCUUCCUUCGUUCAGUGACAUUAAAAUCUUACACAAAUAUCUGACGUGUAAGAGGAAUAAUGCAUUGAACGAAUGGAAAAGAAAAUUUGAUAAGAAGGUUUGGAGGGACCUCUUGGAAGCCACUCUUACAUCUAUACAACUUUUGAAUAGAAGAAGGCCCGGAGAACUAGAGAGAAUUAAAUUAGUUCAUUAUAGUUCUUUAGAGAAGAUCGACGAGAAAAGUAAUUUGGAUUUAUACAAGAAGCUCAAUCCACAAUCAAAACAAAUUGCGAAUAAAUAUUCAAGAAUAUUAUUGCGAGGGAAACUCAACAGAACUGUUCCAGUUUUGCUUGACAAUGAAAUGGUGGAAUCUUUAAAAAUGAUUUUGAAGGAUAGGAAAGAAGCGGGUGUGUCUGAAUCAAAUACAUAUUUAUUUGGACUUCCGGGUGGAGCAGAAAAAUGGCCUAGUGCAUGCGACCUAAUGAGAAAAUUUUCGAUUGCGUGCAAAGCAAAUUUACCCUCCACAUUAAGGGGUACUUUGUUGAGGAAGCAUGUUGCUACGUGUUGCAUAUCGCUUAAUCUUACGGAUGGAGAAAUUGAGGAUUUAUCAAAUUUCAUGGGCCAUGACAAAAAUAUUCAUUUGAAUAUUUAUCGACAGCCCGUAGCAACGAAAGAUAUUCUGCAAAUAUCCCAACUUCUGGAAAAGGCUCAAGGGGAUGACGAUCCGAAUGCUCCAGAUAUAGAUUUGGAAGAAGUUGAUGAGACCGAAAAUUAUGUUCCAGUGAUUCGGCCCCAAACGACUUCAUUCCAAGAAUAUUCGCAGUUUUAAUAAAAUGGAUAAUGUGAACCCACAACAACAUAAAUCACUUGAAAACUUAUUCUAAGGAUACAGAGGUGGAUGGUUGGAAUAUAAAUAUAUAUACAUAUCUUUUUCCCUUCUUCAGCCAAAAUCUCUAAUUAGUACUCUUUUCCAACCUCCUCCUUUUUAGCUUUAGCCUAUGUAUCUAUCAAUAAUCAGUCCUAUAACCUUCUUGACCUUCUCUCACUUACCUAUGCAUUUGUUGUGAGAAAUCCAUUUUUUACUAUCUUCCUUCCUUCUUAUUUCUUCAUUUAUUAUCCUGCUUUUUAUUUAUCAAGUCACAUUAUAUUUCCAAUACUAUGUUUCCAUAAUUAAGAUAUUUCUCCGAUUUCCUUCAUUUAUCACUGUGACCCCUUUUCCUUAUAUAUCAUAAUACUAACUAUAAACUAUUGUUCAUUUCAAAAAUUCUUCAUUAAGAUAUGUGAUUUUGCGAAUACUUCGAAUGGAAUUUUACAGUUCAAUAAAUCUUCGAUUAAUUGACAAGAUCACAAUAUUGCAAUUGAA